UCGCGCCGGCGAAGUUUUCUCUGUGAACACAGAGAGUGAGAGUGAGAGUGAGAAAUGUCGAAUUUGCUAAGGGAUUUCGAGGUCGACGCUAAGAAUCCGUCGCUAGAAGCACGUCAACGAUGGAGGUCCUCCGUGUCUAUAGUGAAGAACCGUACUCGUCGUUUCCGUAACAUUCGGGAUCUCGAUAAGCUCGCUGACUACGAGACCAAGAAGCACCAGAUCCAGGAAAAGAUCCGAGUUGCUUUCUAUGUUCAAAAGGCAGCUCUUCAAUUCAUUGAUGCUGCUGCUAGGCCGGAAUACAAGCUCAGUGAUGAGGUUAAGCAAGCUGGAUUUUCUAUUGAAGCAGAUGAACUUGCAUCUAUGGUUCGCAAAAAUGACACUAAGAGCCUGGCACACAAAGGUGGAGUUGAAGAAAUUGCUAAGAAAAUAUCUGUAUCUCUAGAUGAAGGAGUUCGUUCGAGUGAAGUGCCCACCAGGGCAAAGAUAUUUGGAGAAAAUCGUUACACUGAGAAACCAGCCAGAUCAUUCUUAAUGUUUGUGUGGGAAGCGCUCCACGACAUAACCCUUAUCAUCCUUAUGGUCUGCGCUGUAGUAUCAAUAGGUGUGGGUGUUGCUACAGAAGGAUUUCCAAGGGGAAUGUAUGAUGGGACAGGGAUCUUGCUAAGUAUACUCUUGGUGGUCAUGGUUACUGCGAUCAGUGACUACAAGCAAUCUUUGCAGUUCAGAGACUUGGAUCGAGAGAAGAAGAAGAUUAAUGUCCAGGUCACCAGAGAUGGGAGCAGACAAGAAAUCUCCAUUCAUGACUUGGUCGUUGGAGAUGUAGUUCAUCUAUCUAUUGGGGAUCAAGUUCCAGCUGAUGGGAUUUUUGUAUCUGGAUACAACUUGGAGAUAGAUGAGUCAAGCUUAUCAGGUGAGAGUGAACCGUCACAUGUGAAUAAAGAGAAGCCUUUUCUGCUUUCAGGAACCAAAGUACAAAACGGUUCUGCAAAAAUGCUGGUGACAACAGUUGGUAUGAGGACUGAGUGGGGAAAGUUGAUGGAAACGCUGGUUGAUGGUGGAGAAGAUGAGACUCCUCUGCAGGUGAAGCUAAAUGGGGUUGCAACAAUAAUUGGUAAGAUUGGUUUAAGCUUUGCUGUGCUUACAUUUGUGGUAUUGUGCAUAAGGUUUGUCUUGGAGAAAGCAACGUCUGGUAGCUUCACCAACUGGUCAUCUGAAGAUGCACUGACGCUACUUGACUACUUUGCAAUUUCUGUAACUAUCAUUGUCGUUGCCGUGCCCGAAGGUUUGCCACUGGCAGUGACCUUAAGUUUGGCAUUUGCUAUGAAGAAGCUGAUGAGUGACAGGGCACUUGUGAGGCAUCUUGCUGCAUGUGAGACUAUGGGUUCUUCUACUUGCAUCUGCACUGAUAAGACAGGAACCUUGACUACUAAUCACAUGGUGGUCAACAAAGUAUGGAUCUGUGAUAAGGUUCAAGAGAGACAAGAGGGAAGUACAGAAAGCUUUGAGUUGGAAUUACCAGAAGAAGUUCAGAGUAUUCUUUUGCAGGGCAUAUUUCAGAACACUGGUUCUGAAGUUGUUAAGGAUAAAGAUGGAAACACUCAGAUCCUAGGAUCUCCGACAGAAAGAGCAAUACUCGAAUUCGGUUUGCUUUUAGGUGGUGAUUUUAACACGCAGCGUAAAGAGCAUAAGAUACUCAAGAUUGAGCCGUUCAAUUCAGACAAGAAGAAAAUGUCUGUUCUUAUAGCUCUCCCUGGAGGUGGUGCACGGGCUUUCUGCAAAGGGGCAUCUGAAAUAGUGUUGAAAAUGUGCGAGAAUGUUGUGGAUUCGAAUGGAGAAUCUGUUCCACUAACUGAAGAACGGAUUACAAGUAUCUCUGAUGUCAUAGAGGGUUUUGCCUCAGAGGCUCUGAGGACUCUCUGCUUGGUUUACAAAGAUCUGGAUGAAGCUCCCAGUGGAGAUCUCCCUGAUGGAGGCUAUACAAUGAUAGCAGUUGUUGGAAUUAAGGAUCCAGUACGCCCGGGUGUUAGGGAAGCUGUCCAGACUUGUCAAGCUGCUGGAAUCACCGUCCGUAUGGUCACUGGAGAUAACAUAAGCACAGCUAAAGCAAUUGCAAAGGAAUGUGGUAUAUAUACUGAAGGAGGUUUAGCUAUAGAAGGUUCAGAAUUCCGGGACUUAUCUCCUCACGAAAUGAGGGCCAUUAUUCCCAAAAUUCAGGUAAUGGCUCGGUCUCUGCCAUUGGACAAACAUACUUUAGUCAGCAACUUGAGGAAAAUUGGAGAGGUAGUUGCAGUGACUGGGGAUGGGACAAACGAUGCCCCUGCCUUACAUGAGGCAGACAUUGGACUUGCAAUGGGAAUAGCUGGCACAGAGGUUGCAAAAGAGAAUGCUGAUGUGAUCAUAAUGGACGAUAACUUCAAAACAAUAGUAAAUGUGGCGAGAUGGGGACGUGCUGUGUAUAUAAACAUUCAGAAGUUUGUUCAGUUCCAGCUAACUGUUAAUGUGGUUGCUCUGAUCAUCAACUUUGUCUCUGCUUGCAUCACAGGAUCUGCUCCACUCACUGCUGUGCAACUACUUUGGGUCAACAUGAUCAUGGACACACUUGGUGCAUUGGCUCUAGCAACAGAACCUCCCAAUGAAGGUUUGAUGAAACGUGCACCAAUCGCUAGGACCGCCAGCUUCAUCACCAAAACCAUGUGGAGAAACAUCGCUGGUCAAAGCGUUUACCAGUUGAUUGUCUUGGGAAUUCUCAAUUUUGCAGGCAAAUCACUUCUCAAACUCGAUGGCCCUGAUUCCACAGCCGUUCUUAACACAGUCAUCUUCAACUCCUUCGUCUUUUGCCAGGUAUUCAAUGAGAUCAAUAGCCGCGAAAUAGAGAAGAUAAAUGUAUUCACAGGAAUGUUCAAUAGCUGGGUCUUCACAUGGGUAAUGACUGUGACCGUAGUGUUUCAAGUGAUCAUAGUGGAGUUUCUUGGAGCAUUUGCAAGCACCGUUCCUUUGAGCUGGCAACAUUGGUUACUAUCAAUCUUGAUAGGAUCAUUGAGCAUGAUUGUAGCCGUUAUCCUCAAAUGCAUACCAGUCGAGUCUUCUCACCAUCACGAUGGCUACGACCUGCUUCCUUCUGGUCCUUCUUCUUCCAACUCUGCCUGAUACCGUCACUAUGUUCAUCUUUUUUUUUGUUAUCCACAGAUAUGUAAGUUGUCUAUUUUUUGCUUAUUUGGAUACUACUGCAAAUUCUUAUUUUUAUACCACGAAUGGAAUUUUGUUUUCGGCUCACUCCAAAUCCUCCUUCUAUACGGUUUUUGUUCUUAACGUUCCUCUUCUUGGGGUAACAAUCUAGUUUCAUUGCGAUCUUAGAUAAAUAACUUCAGUUACA